AACAUUAAUUAAUUAAUUACCCCAACGUAACUAACGCUCUUCUCUCAGUCUUUCCGCCGAGUACGAGGAGGAAACCCAAUCUCUCUCAACAUUCCAUUCCAACUGAUAAGCUUUAUUGGAUUGCAGAAGCAUAUUGGCAGAGCGUUGAGCAAAAAUCCAUCCGGGCUUAGUAGACCAGCUUCCAAAGAAAGACAGAAUCAUUGUUAGGGGGAACAUACGAGAACGAUUUAAAGUUGGCUUAAGUGAAAUUAUGUCCAGAUAUUGCAGACCAGAUAUUGUAGAAGCUUGCUACAAAUUCAGAAAAUUCUACUUAUUGUAGGAAAUAAUCUUUGCUCUCCCAUUGCCUUGCUCGUUUAAAGUGUGCUUGUGGAAGUUGGAAACAGAGCAAGUCGUACACUCAAUUUCACAUAAUGAGUAAAAGAAGAUUAAACGAACUUCUGCGCCAAAGUGAUAAUCGUGUAUGUGCUGAUUGUGGUGCUCCUGACCCUAAAUGGGCGUCGGCCAAUAUUGGAGUAUUUAUAUGCUUAAAGUGCUGUGGCGUGCACAGAAGCCUUGGCACUCAUAUCUCAAAGGUUUUGUCCGUGACUCUAGAUGAGUGGUCUGAUGAUGACAUUGAUUCAAUGGUUGAGGUUGGAGGAAACGCAUCUGCAAAUUCAAUUUAUGAAGCAUAUAUCCCAGAUGGGAUUAGAAAGCCUAGAUUAGAUGCAAGUCACGACCAGCGUUCUUCAUUUAUCAGGUCUAAAUAUGAGCUUCAAGAAUUUCUGAAGCCUAGCUUGCGGAUAUCAUCAAAAGAUUCAAAACAAAAGAAGCAGUCCCUUCCAACUGAUGGUUGGAGUUCAAGUCAGAAAUCUGAAGGCAUGGUGGAGUUCAUUGGAGUCUUGAAGGUUAAAGUUUGUAAAGGGACAAAUUUAGCUGUCCGAGACAUGCUCUCAAGUGAUCCUUAUGUUAUUUUGAGUAUUGGGCAACAGAAAGCACAAACAACUGCGAUGAGGAGCAAUUUGAAUCCAGUUUGGAACGAAGACCUCAUGCUUUCUAUUCCUCAAGAUUAUGGACCAUUAAAGCUGGAAGUUUAUGACUAUGACACAUUUUCUGCUGAUGAUAUAAUGGGUGAGGCCGAGAUCGAUAUUCAAUCUCUGAUAACCUCCGCAAUGGCAUAUGGAGAUCCCGGAAUGUUCAGUGAUAUGCAGAUAGGGAAGUGGCUGAAAUCACAUGACAAUGCACUGAUCGAGGACAGUCCUAUAAACAUCGUCGAUGGGAAGGUGAAACAAGAAGUGAAGCUCAAGCUGCAGAAUGUAGAAUCGGGCGAGCUUGAACUAGAAUUAGAGUGGAUGCCUCUUGAUCAUUAGGUGUAUAUAGAUUGUUUCAUUUUGACUUCCCCAUCUUUCACUUGGCCAUUUGUAAUAAAUGCUUUGCAUGGAUUUUGAUUCUGAAUUACUGCACCAUAACUUGCUGUGUUGUACACUUAUUUUUUCAUUGUCCACAGAAAUAGCUGUGUUGUACACUUAUUUUUUCAUUGAGACAGAAAUGACUGUAGCUUAAUUUUAUGCGGACAGAAACAACGGUAGCUUAAUUUUAUAAAA